CAACGGCAGCAGCACAUUUUUCAUUCAGACAUAUCACAAACACCUUCCUCCGUUUCCUUCUCUCUGCUGCACAUUGCUGAUGACUCGAAGUCAGCAGCGAUAUCGAGGUGUCCGGCAACGCCACUGGGGCUCUUGGGUCUCUGAAAUCCGCCACCCUUUGCUUAAGACUAGGAUAUGGUUAGGCACGUUCGAAACGGCAGAGGACGCAGCAAGGGCGUAUGACGAGGCUGCUAGGCUCAUGUGCGGACCGAAAGCACGUACCAACUUUCCCUACAAUCCGAACGAGCCUCAGACGUCCUCGUCGAAGCUUCUCUCGGCGACUUUAGCCACCAAGUUACACAAAUGUCACUUGGCAUCACUACAGCUGGCCAAAAAAAGCGUGAAAAAAGAGACCGAAGACUCAUUUCCUGGACAUUUCAGGCGGGAAGGUGAUCGAACCAGCAGCGAAAGAAAUGGAGAUCAAAGAGUGGGUGAGUGGUCAGAGGAAAGACCAACUGUUGUCCAGUGGCAUGAGAUGAACUGGGAUAGCGAUGAAGGCCAAGGAGAUAACAGUGUUCAGCAAUUUAGGCCACUUGAGGAUGACCAUAUAGAGCAGAUGAUAGAGGAAUUACUUGAUUAUGGGUCAAUUGAGCUCUGCUCUGCAAUUCAAACAUAACUUAUAACCUGUUAGAUCUUUUCAUUCUCUAGGUAGUUUCUUUCCCUUUCCCGAAGAAAUCGCAGAAUUCAAUCCUAGGUCAUUGGUAUGAAAUGCCAAAGACUUCGCCCAGUUAAGUUAGGUCAAGGUGGAUCUUUCCAGUGUAGCUUAAUUUUACUGUUUUCUUAUGUAAGCUCCUUUUGUUCUGCCAAUAAUCUGUCAGAAGCAAGCAAGAAGGAAUGGAUGAGAAGUGGAAAAAA